ACAUGUUUCCCCUUUAUUCAUAGGCUCCUGGAGCUACUUUUGAAAAGCAUGGAGAACAUCUUCCUCGGGGAGAAGGCCGGUUUGGUGUAAGCCGAAGACGCCACAACUCUUCCGAUGGUUUCUUUAAUAAUGGUCCCCUCAGAACUGCUGGAGACUGUUGGCAUCAGCCUUCCCUGCACCGCCAUGAUUCUGUGGAUUCUGGUGUUUCUAAAGGAACUCAUGUUGGACUAGCUGGCAGUCAGCCAGGUUGGCAUGGUUCUUCACGUGGCCAUGAUGGCAUGAGUCAGAGAGGAGGAGGAACUGGAUCUCAUCGCCAUUGGAAUGGCAAUUUCCACUCCCGAAAGAAUUCAGCUUUUCAGGAAAAGCCAACUGCUGAAGCUAGGGAGGAGAAGGAAGAGAAGGAGAAAUUGCAGUUUGAGGAGGAAGAUUUUCCAUCAUUGAAUCCAGAAGCUGGAAAACAGCACAGCCAGGGUAAACCAGCUGGAACUCCAUCUGGUGUUUGGGAAAAUCCUCCUAGUGCCAAGCAACCUACCAAGAUGCUGGUCAUCAAAAAGGUUUCAAAAGAGGAUCCUGCUGCUGCCUUCUCAGCUGCAUUCACAUCACCAGGACCUCAGCUUUCAAAUGGCAACAAGGCAACCCCCAUCGUCCCAAGUGUCUACAAAAAUCUGGUUCCUAAACCUGCAGCACCCCCAUCAAAGCCAAAUCAAUGGAAAGCUAACAGAAGUGAACAUAAACCAAGCUCACUAACCUCCAGCCGUGAUUCAGCUUUUACCAGUCCUGUGUCUGUAACCAAACCAGCUGUGUUAACCAGUGGCUCUGUUCUCACCUCUUCCAAAGAGAGUCCCUCCAGUACCACCCCUCCUAUUGAAAUAAACUCCUCUCGCUUGACAAAGCUGAUGCGCCGCACCACAGAUAAGAAGAGUGAGUUCUUAAAAGCUCUGAAGGACGACAGGAAUGGAGAAUUGCCAGAGCGCCAUGAGAACAACAAACUGGAGGAUGUGGAUGGUGGCAGUACAGCAGAACCAAAGGAAACCUGGGAGGAGAACUGCCAUCAGAAUGGGCUUUCUUUGCCUUUGGAAGAGGGAGAGAAUCUUUCUCACUCUUUAGAAGCAGAACACAGAUUACUGAAAGCAAUGGGAUGGCAGGAAUAUCCUGAGAAUGAUGAGAAUUGCCUUCCCCUCACAGAGGAUGAGCUCAAAGAGUUCCAAAUAAAGUCAGAGCAGCUAAGAAGAAAUGGUUUUCGGAAGAGUGAAUUUCUUAGAGGCCAAGGCAGCAGUCAAUUAUUCUCCCACUGGAGAAGCACUUUUAAGACAGAGUUUGAAGAGUCAGACACAGAAACAAGUAGCAGUGAAACUUCUGACGACGAUGCCUGAAGUUGGGCACCAAAAAUUCAUAAUAUAAAACCAACCCAGCAAACUCAGUUUGUAGUUCAGCACAUAAAUGUUUGGGGUUCGAAUGAAGCAGAGUUUAUUCUAUCUCAAGUCUGUUCAGUUUUUUAUUGUUGAAAACUUCAUGCACAAGGGAAAGAAUUAUAUCCCAAAGAAGAAAGCUAUUGGCUUACUACUUUUUGAUUUUGCCCUUCUGUGCUUCAUAGAGAACAAUCCAUUCCGCCUUCUGGAGCAAGGCAUGGGUUCAGUCUCAUCAGGAGCAGGAUGCAAAAGACUUAAGUUGGGCAACCACAAGCUUCUCAUACUGCCGUCCACAUUGCAAAAUGUUGUGCGGCAAUAAUGUGCUAAAACAAUCAUUGUCAAUGACAAAAUGGCUACGGAAGUUCUAAUUGUGUUAAAUUAAUGCUAAUAACAUGGAACUUUUUUAUUUUUUGGCGGCUCGGGGAGCUUCAUCACUUAACCAGGCGUGUUUGGUUUUUCUUUUUUUGGGGGGGGGGGAGGUACAGCUGUAAAAUAUUUGGAUAUAGGAAUUGUUUGUGUUCUUGCAACCUUGAUAUUCAGGGUGGAUUGUUAAAAUAUAAAAUUUUUGUGGGAUUUCAAAGAUUAAGAUUAUUUUGAUAACAUUAUUUACAGAUUUAAAAAAGUGACUAUCACAUUGAGUCUGUAUGAGGGGGAAAACUACUGCAUCAAAAGAUAACUAACUUGGAAUAAAUAUUUUGCAUCAGUUUGCCAA